AAAAGUAGUAGGUUAUCGAAUAUUAACCUAAAACAUUUUUAAACUCUAUAACUUGAGCGUUUACAGUGGUACUCUUUAAUACCACGUGUUGUGAAAAUUUGUGAUUAUUCAAGUGAAAUGGCUACCGAUUUGGAAAAAAAAAUAAUCAAACAAGUAGAAUACUACUUUGGAGAUAUUAACUUACCUCGUGAUAAAUUUCUGAAAGCUAAGACGGAAGAAGAUGAUGGAUGGGUCACUUUUGAAGUUUUACUUAGUUUCAAAAGAUUGGCAAGUAUUUCCGAUAAUGCUGAGGAAAUUGCCACUGCUUUGAAGAAAUCUGAAAGUGGUUUACUGGAAAUAAGUGAAGACAACAAAAAAGUACGACGUAAUCCCGAAAACACAGUUCCAGAAUUCAACGAGACACGUAAAAGGGAACUAAGCAAACGUACAGCAUAUGCUAAAGGAUUCCCAACUGAUGAAGAUCUCCAUGAAAUUCUGAAUUUCUUAGAAUCACAUGGCCCCAUUGAAUCAUGUAUUAAGAGGUCAUACAAAAAAGAUGACCAAUAUGUAUUCAAGGGUUCAUGUUUUAUUAUCUUCAAAGAUAUUGAAACUUGCAAAAAAUUUGUUGAAUCUGAAGAAAUUUUAUACAAGGAUGUGAAUUUGAUCCGUAAAUUCCAAGAGAAUUAUUACAAAGAUAAACGUGCUGAAAUCGAUGAAACUAAAAAAAGUAAUAAAGAAAAAAAACUUGCUAAACAACAAGAACAGUUAGAUGAGAAAGUUAAAAAAGGUAUUGAAAUUCCAAAAGGUGCCACUCUUUUCUUUAGUGGAAUUGAAGAAGGUACAACCAUCACCCGAGAGCAAAUCAAAGAUAAAUUGAGAGAAGUUGCUGAUAUUGGUAAUCCAUUUAUUGACUUCAACAGAGGUGAUAUCCAAGGUUAUGUCCGACUACCGAAGGAAAAUGAUGCUGUUGAUUUUAUCACAAAAUUGGAGGAUCAAGAAUUGCAAGUUGGUGAAGCAAAAUUGAAAUUCAAGGUGCUUGAAGGAGAAGAAGAAGAAGCACAUAUGAAGAAAUCAGCUGAGGCCAUUUCACAAAUCAGAAAGUCUCAAAAGUUCAACAAGUUUGGAAAGAAAAGGAAAGGUGGCAAUUUUGGAGGCAACAACAAGAAGAGAACUAAAGUAGAAAAUAAUGAUGAUUAAUUAUUUAUUUUGAUGUUAUAUUUGUCAAUCGAAAAUUUGACUUCUGUAUUUAAUAUUAGUCUUUUGUAAAUUGAUCUUUUUAUUAUUUUUGACAGUAUGGAAUGAGAUGAAAGUUAUUUAUAUUUCCUUGAUUAAAUAACAUUUAUACUA